CCCCUGUCUCUUCUGUCUCUACCUGAUCUACCUGAUCUACCUGAUCUACCUGCCUCUGUCUCUUCUGUCUCCACCUGAUCUACCUGCCCCUGUCUCUUCUGUCUCCACCUGAUCUACCUGAUCUACCUGCCCCUGUCUCUUCUGUCUCUACCUGAUCUACCUGCACCUGUCUCUUCUGUCUCUACCUGAUCUACCUGAUCUACCUGCCUCUGUCGCUUCUGUCUCUACCUGAUCUACCUGAUCUACCUGCCUCUGUCGCUUCUGUCUCUACCUGAUCUACCUGAUCUACCUGCCUCUGUCGCUUCUGUCUCUACCUGAUCUACCUGAUCUACCUACCUCUGUCUCUUGUCUCUGCUCUCCUGUGACCUGGAUAACUUAUGCCUUCCCCUUUAACACACCUCCACACCUCCACACCUAAUCAGCUUUGCUUCCUUUACAAUGUUGUUGCUUGAUCUCUCUAUCUCUCCUUGUCCUCUUCUUCUUCUCUUCUUCUUGUUCCUGUCUUUUUCCACCUCCUCCUGUCUCUCUUUGUCUCUGCUGUGUUGUCUCCUUGCCCCUCUCUCUCCUUCCUAGUGGGGAAGUACCAGGGGGGCAGACAGGGGCAUCGGUAGCGUUGGGGGGGAGAGGGGAUGGGGAGGGUCCGGCGGGUCCCAGUGACAGUAUGAAGAUGAUGCCUGGCGGUACCAGCGUGGUGAUGUCGGCGGGCAAGGCCGGGAGGUGGCAGGCGGUACAGAGCCACAUGCAGGCGGGAGGACUCAGACCCACCAACUUUGGAGACUCAGUAGGUGCUCUGUCCUCUGCCUCCGCCCUGGAUUCCCUCCCUUCAGCUGGGCCGCUAGCCCGGCCACGCACCCUGCUACGUCAGCAGAGUCUCCAGCAGCCCUUCAUCCACCCACCUGCCCCAAGCCUCACCCAACUCCCGCCCACCUCCUCACAGAGCCUGGGAGAGCUAUACCAGGUAACCCCGCCGGGGCACGGCCAUCCUGGGGGAGGCGGGGGCAGUGAAGGAGGUGGGGUAGGAGGUGGGGGCACUCGAGGAGGUCCCAGGAGGGUGCGAGGGAGCCCGGCAGGGGCAGGCACUUCACAAUACAGGGGAGGAGGAGGAGGAGGAGGAGGAAGAGGAGUAGGAAAUCCUGGCUCCUGGGAUCACAUGAUGGGCCAGUUGAAAAACAGAGGCCUGGAUGCCAAGUCCUUCCUCGAAGGGAAGAUGGUGGUUCUUUCUUUGGCUAUUGGUUUGGCAGAGCAAGAUGACUUUGCCAAUAUCCCUGAUCCAAUCACCUCCAUGCAGGAAGCUCCAACAGCCAAUCAGGAAGCACUUCCUCCUCCUGACAAGAGGGGCGUGUGCAACAAGCCAGGCAACAGUCCCAAGGGCCAUCCCCCCGACGGACACUCCUCAGUCACCGAUCUGGCCAACUCACUCACCGGAGACAUGGUUAUGCUGUCCCCGGGCUCAGAGGAUGAUGACGGUGAAGGUCCUAUCAGUGAGAAGCUGGGGCGGAUCCAGUUCUCGGUUGGCUACAGCUUCCAGGACUCCACCCUGACUGUCAAGAUUCUCAAGGGCCAGGAGCUCCCUGCCAAGGACUUCUCUGGGACCUCUGACCCCUUCGUCAAGCUCUACCUGCUGCCGGACAAGAAGCACAAGCUGGAGACCAAGGUGAAGAGGAAGAACCUCAACCCUCACUGGAACGAGACCUUCCUGUUCGAGGGUUUCCCGUAUGAGAAGGUGAGGGAGAGGACUCUGUACCUCCAGGUGUUGGACUUUGACAGAUUCAGUCGUAACGACCCCAUCGGCGAGGUGUCCAUCCCUCUCAACAAGCUCAGUGACUUGGGACACAUGCAGACCUUCUGGAAGGAGCUCAAACCCUGCAUGGACGGAGCGGGGAGGCGAGGGGACCUGCUGGUGUCUCUGUGCUAUAACCCAACAGCCAACACCAUCACUGUGAACAUCAUCAAAGCACGCAAUCUCAAAGCCAUGGAUAUAGGAGGAACAUCAGACCCCUAUGUGAAGCUGUGGCUGAUGCACAAAGACAAACGCAUUGAGAAAAAGAAGACUGUGACCAUAAAGUGUUGUCUCAACCCCGUCUUCAAUGAGUCUUUCCCCUUCGAGGUUCCGGCCCACGUCCUCCGGGAGACCACCAUCAUCAUCACCGUAAUGGACAAGGACCGGCUCAGCCGCAAUGACGUCAUUGGCAAGAUCUACUUAUCAUGGAAGAGUGGUCCAGCGGAGGUGAAACACUGGAAGGACAUGAUGGGCCGGCCGCGUACUAAUGUGGCCCAAUGGCACGCUCUCAAGGCCUGAUCGUCCCGCCUACACCCUCUUCAGUGGCCCCGCCCCUCCUCCAAGUCGCCAACAUUAAGGCCCUCCCCCUCCCUCCAACGUCCAAUCCCCGUCCUUAUGCACAACACUGACUAGCUGCCAGGCUGCGAAACACGGGUACAAUUAGCCAUCCGCUCUCUAUACCUUUAAACCCCUCAGCUCUCUUCUCCUCCUCUGUUCUCUCUAUCUAUUUCUGCUUCUCUCUAUAUUUCUUCCUGUUUUAUUUUUAUUCAACCCUGUCUCCCUCCUUCACUCUGCCAAUGGUCCCCCUGUUUCUGUUUGUCUGCCUAUGUGUGUGUGUGAGUAUCUGUCUCUGAGGUUUUUCUCUUCCCUGUCUGAGACAGACCCCAUCCCUGGUCUUCUCUUCCCUGUCUUCCCCAUCCCUGGUCUUCUCUUCCCUGUCUUCCCCAUCCCUGGUCUUCUCUUCCCUGUCUGAGACAGACCCCAUCCCUGGUCUUCUCUUCCCUGUCUUCCCCAUCCCUGGUCUUCUCUUCCCUGUCUGAGACAGACCCCAUCCCUGGUCUUCUCUUCCCUGUCUUCCCCAUCCCUGGUCUUCUCUUCCCUGUCUUCCCCAUCCCUGGUCUUCUCUUCCCUGUCUUCCCCAUCCCUGGUCUUCUCUUCCCUGUCUGAGACAGACCCCAUCCCUGGUCUUCUCUUCCCUGUCUUCCCCAUCCCUGGUUUUUGACUGUUCUACAGACCCUACUUGUAUCUAUUUCUGGAGCCAUUUUGGAUACGGCAAUGAUGUCCCACUGAAUGACAGAACAUCUUUUAAAAUAAUAAUAAUAAUGCCUGUGUACAAAUAUUGACAAAUAUCCCACGUAAAAAUACUAUGAGUAUAAAGUAAGUCUGAGACAAACAAAACCCCUCUAGACAAUACUAUGGAAACUUAUGGUGUGACGUCCCCUCUCCUUCUCUCCUGUGUUACGUCCCCCUCUCCUUCUCUCCUGUGUUACGUCCCCCUCUCCUUCUCUCCUGUGUUACGUCCCCCUCUCCUUCUCUCC